UCACUUUGUAAAGAAACACUAUAGACUGAACACGUGCACAUGACGUCACCGUUUUCAAAAAUUUGCAUUUUUGGUAGUUUACAAGAAGACAAUAAUGGUAUCGUUUAAAAAAAAAAAAAGUACUUUGAAACCAGUUUUUAGGCCCCCAAAAUGCUGUAGUUGUGUAAAUCAACGGCCAAAACACUUCCAAAACGUUUUCCAUUUUUAGUUGAAAAUGGUGUCGUGUAAACAGCCCCUUAGCUAACAAUAACAAAACUGGUUUCAGAUUAUUUGUAUAUAUUUGUCAGGAUAAUUUAACCUGUUAGAGUAAAAUUUUGACAUUAGUCUUCUCUUCUCUUCUCUUCUCUUCUCUUCUCUUCUCUUCUCUUCUCUUCUCUUCUCUUCUCUGUUAUGUACGUGUGUCUCCCACCACUUUACUCGUGGGAGCUCUACGAGCUCAAAUAUCUCCUUGUUCAAGAUCCCAGUGUAGCUCAUGCUGAAUGCAGGAUACUUUGUUUGACUUUGUGAUCAACCUGUUGCGUGUACUUUGAGCUCUGAGGCGAGAGCUGUCAUGUUCUGUGAGUCUCCAAGGAUCUGAAGUUGGAAUGUUGCCAAUUAAAAGUGAAGUAAAUCGCCUCUGGGCAGUGCCACACACAGAAUGAUGUGUUUGCUUCAUUCAGUUGUACACAAAUGGAAAUGAAAGACUUUAUAACGUCACCAGUCUUCUUUACGGACUCCUUCCACAUCAUGCUCUGGAGACUUAGUACUUGAGAAAGUUGCCUUCUUAUUUUUCUUCCUGAAAGAAAACCACUUAAAAAAUGGGCCCUUUUAUUUCGCCUUUCAAUAAUCUGCUAUGCAUGUUGUUGGGCAUCUCUUUCACUGUGUGGGUCACACUGCUUUUGGUCUUCAUCAUCGUUCCUGCCAUUUUUGGUCUGUCCUUUGGCAUACGUGGACUCUACAUGAAGAUGUUGCUCAAGGUGUUUAAGUGGGCCACAGUGAGGAUGGAAAGAGGAGCCAAGGAGAAAAACCAUCUUCUGUACAAGCCUUACAGUCUUAAUAGCAUUAUUGCUAAAGAGCCUACGUCACUGGAAGAGGAGCUCAAAGAGAUUCGGCGAAACGGCAGCAGUCGAGAGUUGGAUGGUUCCGCCUCCACCUCCACAGGCCCCUCCCCUUCUUCAGAGUUUGAAAUGUCAGACACCUUCUACUUUUGCCGCCGUGGCAUUGAAAGCAUCGUAGAUGAUGAGGUUACCAAAUGUUUCUCGGCAGAGGAGCUUGAGUCGUGGAACUUGUUGACCAGGAGCAACUAUAACUUCCAGCACAUUAGCACCAGACUGACAGUGCUGUGGGGUCUUGGCGUUAUCAUCCGUUAUGGGUUCCUGCUGCCCCUCAGGCUAACAUUAGCAAUCACAGGAGUAAGCCUAUUGGUUGUCUUCACCACCAUUAUUGGUUUUCUGCCCAAUGGGAGGGUGAAAAAUUUUCUCAGUGAGAAUGUGCACCUGAUGUGUUACCGUAUCUGUGUGAGAGCGCUGACUGCUAUCAUCACAUAUCAUCACAGUGAAAAUAAACCCAAGAAUGGAGGCAUCUGUGUUGCCAACCAUACGUCACCCAUUGAUGUCAUUAUACUGGCCAGUGACGGAUGUUAUGCAAUGGUGGGCCAGAUCCAUGGUGGGCUGAUGGGGAUCAUUCAGAGAUCUAUGGUGAAAGCUUGUCCACACAUUUGGUUUGAGCGCUUAGAAGUCAAAGACCGCCAUCUAGUGGCUAAAAGGUUGAGUGAUCAUGUAAAAGACAAAAGCAAACUGCCUAUCCUCAUAUUCCCUGAAGGUACCUGCAUUAAUAACACAUCAGUAAUGAUGUUCAAGAAAGGAAGCUUUGAAAUUGGCUCGACUGUCUACCCCGUCGCCAUAAAGUAUGACCCUCGGUUUGGGGAUGCCUUCUGGAACAGCAGUAAGUUUGGGAUGGUGAAUUAUCUGCUCCGAAUGAUGAGUAGCUGGGCCAUCGUCUGCAGCGUGUGGUACCUGCCUCCGAUGAGCCGUCAGGAAGAUGAGGAUGCAGUGCAGUUUGCUAACAGAGUAAAGGCAGCCAUUGCCAGACAGGGUGGUCUGGUGGACCUGCUGUGGGAUGGUGGGUUGAAAAGAGGGAAAGUGAAAGAUACUUUCAAAGAGGAGCAACAAAAAAUCUACAGCAACAUUUUGGUUGGAACUCAAGCAGACCGCAGUCGUUCUUGAGGAGAGGAAGAUGAUUCAGGUGAGGACCUGGAGGGCAAGAGACGGUUCAGAGACCUGGACAACGACGCUAUGGAUUUGUUUUGCAUCAAAUCACAAGAGCUGUCCUUGUUUAAUUAUCCCUCUUUGUGAAAAAGGAUCAAAGCUUGUCCAGUGUUAGGUCAGGUCGUGAUCAAAGCACACCACGAGACGUGUUUUGAUGUUCCUUUGACCGAAGCCAGUGUAGCGUGUUUCAGUCUGUAGUGGCCGGGUGGCUCAUGAGGAGUCAUAAAGAUGCAAUGUGAUAGUUUAAUGGUUUCUUUCUCUUUUUUUGUUUAUUACUUGGUUAGUUUUUUAAAAAAUUUUAAUUUAAUGUUUUCUUUCUUUUUCUCUUAUUAUCAUUUACUCUUAACGUAUCAUUAGGAUGCAAUAAACUAUUAAAAUUGAUGGCCAUGAAUGGUUCAAGGAAACGCCUCAUCAGGCUGCA